GCGGCGUUCGGACGCGUGUGCCAGGUAGAUCCAAUGGGAAAAGCCACCAGUCCCACUCUACUGAAAUCGUUGCUCGGACAUGUGCUGUCCUGGGAAGGAACUUCGAUCCUUCGGGCGCCCAUCGCCGGAGUACGCAGAGCGCAUCAUAAAGCGUACGACCUUGUAAAGGAACACGACCGACAAUAUGACGUAGAAGAGGUACGCAUUCCGGUACCUUACGGUGAAAUUGCCGGGAAAUGGUGGGGACCGAAAAACGUGCGACCUGUGGUAGCGCUUCACGGCUGGCAGGAUAACGCGGGUACGUUCGAUCGCCUCAUACCGAUGCUGCCGAAGCAUAUGAGCUUUCUGGCCUUGGAUUUACCGGGACAUGGCCUAUCGUCACGCAUCCCGGACGGUAUGAUGUACCAUUCGCUCGACAACACGUUCGUGCUGUUGUACCUCAUGAAGGAGUAUCGCUGGAAGAAGCUGUCCCUGUUGGGCCACUCGAUGGGAUCCAUUCUGAGCUUCAUCUUCACAGCCACCUUUCCCGAUAAGGUCGACUUUUAUAUCGGAAUAGAUGCCCUGAAGCCACAUAUUAUGGAUGCGGUCAAAUUUCCGGGUCGUUUGGAAAAGCGACUACCGCAAGCUCUGGUGGCCGAUUUGCGGAAUCGUGAGAAGUCGGAACCACCGUCAUACCCGUUCGAGGAACUUAUCGAAAGGCUCCAUCUCGGCACGAAUAAAUCCGUUUCCCGCGAGACGGCCCCAUUUUUAUUGUACAGAAAUACGCACAAAUCCGCCAUCCAUCCUGACCGGUACUACUUCACGCGAGACAGUCGACUGAAGCACAGUUUAGGGCUCGGAUGGGACCAGGACAUUAAUCUGGAAUUUGCGAAACGUGUCGUUAUGCCGUAUUUGUUCAUUAAGGCGAAACAUUCACCUUACUACGAGGAUCGAAAAUAUUUUGAUCAAUUCGUCGACGUGGUUAAGCAAAACAAUCCUCAGUUUGAACUGGAGUUUGUCGAUAGCACACAUCAUCUGCAUCUAACCGAACCCGAGAAGAUUGCACCGAUAGUCAACCGGUUUUUGAAAAAAUAUUGGAAAGAAGAUACAGACAAAUAGCAAAC